AUGGCAGACGGGCGGCAGACGCUGCGGGUGCACCUGUGCGCGCCUCUGCCGUGCGCGCUGCGGUGCGGCUGCUGGCACACGAUCGCGGUGCGGCUGACCAACGAGAUGGGCCUCUUCGACGCCGAGGCCUUCGCCGCCGCAGCGAGCGGCCGCGUGCGGCUCGACGCCGUUGCCCUCUCCUCCGAGGCUGGUCCGCUGCGGCUGACGCUGCGCCAGGCGGCGGAUCCGGCGCCGCCGCCCGAUGCGGCGCCGGCGUCGCUGCCCACCCAUCCUGGCGACGGCGCCUCCGGCGGCGUGCUGCUCCAGCUGCACCGAGGCCGCGCGACGGCAGAGGUGCGACUGGAGUUGCGGGAGGAGAGGGAGAGCAGCUCCGGCUGCUGCAGCUGCGCGCGGCGGGGGCAGCACACGGCAGGCCGGCCGCAGCCCGAGCACGCGGCAGAGCAGUGUGCCGCGGCGCUCGCCGUGCUUCGGGCGACCGUGGAGGCUACAGGAGGUCUCGCCAUCGGCGACGGCGACCUCGUGCUCGAGGUUGGCUCCGGCGUCGGCGUCGGAGGCAUAGCGGCUGCGUCGGCGCUGCCCGCCCUCCGCGUCAACGCGACGGCCAACGCGCACCGUUGCGCCCACCCGCCCGCCGUCGCGCCGCUUGAGUGGGGCUGCGAUGACGCCUCCCUCCUCGCGCGGCUCGAGCAGGCGAGCGACGUCGUAUACGAGCCUGCCGCCUACCGCCCACUGCUGCUCACGCUGAUGCGGCUCGCCGCGCUGGGCGUCGCGUCCCGCACCGUCAUGGCACACCGCUCCCGCCACCCGGACGAGCACUUGUUCUGGACGGCUGCCGCGCGCCGUUUCCGGCUGAGGCUGCUGCGCGGGGCGCCGUUUGUGCCGCUCGGUUCGCCGGCCGGCACGGCGGCGCUGCUGCCCCCCGGAUGCGGCUCCGGCACGGCGGCCGCCGAGCACGGCCGCGGCGCAGAGGUGCGGCUGAUCGAGCUCGAGGCGAUCCCGGGGGCUCCGCCGCUGGGGGAGGAGCUGUGGGGCCUGACUGAGACGUGA